AUGCUUAAACAACUCGCGUCGACGAAAAACACAGUAUUUCGUUCCUUCCUAUCACAACAAAAUAGUUUAAUUGCUGCUGCUGCUACGACACAAUUUACGAAAAGAGCGUUCUCAACCACACAGAGUUUAGAGUCGGUUCUUUAUAUUGGUAAUGUUAGUUGGAGUGCAACUGAACAAGACCUUAGUGAACUAACCUCAAAAUAUGGCGAGGCUACUAUUCGCCUGCCACGAGAUCAAAUGGGUCGCGUUCGUGGUUUCGCAUUUGCAGAAUUCGCUGAAGAUGAUGCAGCUCAGAAAGCUAUCGCUGAUUUGGAUGGAACAAAUUUCUUGGGAAGAGACUUAAAGGUGAGCAUAGCUCAAGGAGGUACAGGUGGCGGUGGCGGAUUUUCGACGUCGUAA